AUGGGGAAGGUGUAUAUAUAUAGUUUGUGUGUGUAUCUGUGCGUGAAUAUUGUUUACGGACAGUUUGGAUUCUUCCCACAACGCACAGAUCGUCGCAUUUCAUCACCCUACGCACAAAACUUGUUUCUAAAUCCUAAUGGAUUCAGGAAAAUUAUUAAUAACGUACUUCACCUGCAACCCGAAAAUCCAUCGAGCAAUCCUGCCUACAUAUAUCCAUUCGUGAAUGCACAAAAUAGACCGAUCAGUAAUAAUAAUCAGUUUUACCAGAAUAGACCUAUAAACAAUGGUCAGUUCGAUCAAAAUCGACCUAUAAGCAAUGGUCAGUUCGAUCAAAAUCGACCUAUAAGCAAUGGUCAAUUCGAUCAAUAUCGACCUAUAAACAAUGGUCAGUUCGAUCAAAAUCGACCUAUAGAUAAUGAUCAGGUCGAUCAAUCUCGACCUAUAAAUAAUGAUCAGCUCGAUCAAAAUCGACCUAUAAAUAACGAACAGCUCGAUCAAAAUCGACCUAUAAAUAAUGAGUUUGAUCAAAGCCGACCUUAUUACGAUAAUGAAAACAACCGACGUAAUAACUUUCGAUUUCCAAAUCAAGGAAACAUACCUAAUGGUAAUGUGAAUUUCGGACAGCAACAGACGACUGGUCCUUUUGUGAAUCUAAACCCAGAAAUUGUCGAAAAACCAAAUCAGCAGACAGGAGAUCAACUUAAUAAUGGAAAUGGAAAUGAUAAACCUAAUGCUCCAGAUGUAAACAAUGACGAUAAAUUUGAAAACCAACCUACGCUUUCGCCAAUUAACAAUGACGAAGGAGUUAAUGCAAAUACUGGUGGUGAUGGCCAAGAUAACAGACACGGAAUUCCAGACGUCCCACCUCCGGGAUUCCAGGCAUCAACACUCCCGCCUCUAACUCCUGUGCCAGCCUCUGAAUCCCGGAACAACUUCGGAAUUUUCAGCGACACAUGUAAAACAGUAGACAAUGGUGUUGGAAGUUGUAUAAACGUUGCAUCUUGUGAGCCAUACAUGAAACUUCUCCAAAACGCAAGAAGAAGCAAUGAUGCUGUCCAACUCUUGAGGAAAGUGCAUUGUGGCUUCGAAGGGAGCAAUCCUAAGGUUUGUUGCCCCUUUCAAAAAAUACCUGAUGUUCCACCUCCAACUCUACCUCCUUCAACAGCUGCUCCAGCUCCGAUCACUACUUCGACUGAAUCAGUAGUAGCAUCCGGCAAGUCUUUACCCGACAGUAGCGACUUUAUAGAAAAGUUCCCCGAGCCUCCUGUAUGCGGGGUCUCUAAUGGCACUUUCAGUCGUGUUGUAGGGGGUGUUGAUGCUAAACUUGGUGCUUUCCCUUGGAUGGCUCUCCUAGGUUACAAAGAAAGGUCAUCAACGAGAUGGUUAUGUGGAGGGUCCCUGAUCAGCACCCACCACGUCCUCACCGCUGCCCACUGUAUACACAAACAUGAAACCGAUCUAUAUGUCGUACGCCUCGGUGAACUGGACCUAGCUAGGGAGGAUGAAGGAGCAACUCCUAUAGACGUCCUCAUUAAAUAUAAAAUCAAGCACGAAGACUACGACCGUUCAACCAUCACCAACGACAUCGGCCUUUUAAUUUUGGAACAACGUGUACAAUUUACUGAUCUCAUAAAACCAAUAUGUAUACCACAAAGCAGCGAACUAAGAUCCAACACAUUUGAGGACUGGACUCCUCUUCUUGCUGGAUGGGGAGAUACAGAAUUUCGUGGUCCAUCCGCAAACCAUCUCCAGGUCGUGCAGCUCCCAGUGGUGAGCAAUACGUUCUGCGCUAACGCGUACAAACCGUACAAAUCACAAGUAAUCGACGAGCGUGUGCUUUGCGCUGGCUACAAGAAGGGCGGGAAGGACGCUUGCCAAGGAGACAGUGGAGGACCCUUGAUGCAACCCAUUUACAAUCCCGAAACUUUAGCGACAUAUCUCUAUCAAAUAGGCGUAGUGUCGUAUGGAAGGAAUUGCGCCGAAGCGGGAUUCCCCGGGGUCUAUUCUCGCGUCACACAUUUUGUGCCGUGGCUCGAGAAAAAUGUAUUGGUUAUUAUGAAAGCAUGGUUUCUUCUCCGCAAAUAUAUUCUGACGAUACCACGUUUCGAUUUGUUCUUACAAGGGGCCUUACUGAUCGUCGUGUUUUUGGAGAGUUAUGUGUACCUCCUUCUUAGAAGAAAUGCCAGGUCGGGAUAUCUGCCCUCAAUUAAUGAAGAUUGGUUGAAAUUAGGAGUUGGAGGUGCGGAAUUCCUCUUCGGAACAAUAGUAGCCUGGUGGGGACGAGGCUCGCGUCAUUUCGCGCUGUCAGGAUGGCUCUGUGCUACAGCCGUAUCCGGGUUGAUAGUGCUGGCUUUCCCAUAUCCAGCAUCCGGGAGACCUUCAGUAGCACUGUGUGGAGGCGGAAGUAUUUCUCCGUACCUAGAGCCAGUGGAAGAUAUGGAAAGAUACGACCACCUCGUGCCAGCGCGCACAGCAGUCCUCAUCAUCACAGCGAUCUUCUGCAGUUUUACCAAAAUUAGCAUUUGGGCGCACGGUAUCACAUACUUGGAUGACCAUGAACCGGCGAGUGGACCUUACUUUUAUGGUAUAUUGAUAUCAAUCCGGCUGUCCCUGGGAUUGAGUGGUCAGAAUUGGAUGAGGGAUGUAUCCGUGAGGGAGGACUGGUGGGAGGCUCAACUAUCCUUAUCGAUGUUGACUCUCAUGUUUUCCAUAUUAUUUACCCUCUUUCCAAAAAGAAUGGAAGGGUACAAGGAGUUUUAUGAAGUGGAAUAUAACUGUAUACUGAAACCGAUCGGACGGAUGUUGAGCAACAAAGCUCUGAUGAUACAGACGGUAGCGCUCUCUUUACUCAAUACCGCUCUCUUUGGAUACGUUAAUUAUGACACAGCGUCUAUACAGGCAAAAUUUCACGUGGAGACAUUAAGGCAAGAUCCUCGCACCACACGUACUAUUAUGGACAUAUUUCGCUCCCUCGUGAUUAUCUUCUUUGUUUCGAUAUUUAGGAUGAGGUUUUCCGUCCGUAGGAGGGAUGCUGUGAAAUCAAAUACCGCUUCUAAAGUGGGUGGCGCGUGUUGUGUGCUGGUGGCUGUUUUCUUCGCGGUGCUCACCGGCCUCCACUGCAGGACUGGAGAGAUGGCAGGCUUCAAUGGAAGCUAUGAACAACCCGACUGCAGUAUUGACUGCGGCUGUAUAUCAGAAAAUUACGGGUUCAGCCCAGUGUGCAUUUUGAACACCUCCACUACUUACUUCUCACCGUGUCACGCCGGUUGCAAGGAGUAUGAAGAUCUUAAUGGGUUUUUGCUGUUCGAGAACUGCAACUGCGGUCCUCACCGCGCCCUCAGAGGCAGCUGCACUCUACCUGACUGCUGGCUCACGUAUAACCUUUACUUGGUUUUCUUCACCUUAGUCCUUGCAACAACAGCCGCGUCGUUCCUGAUGCAAGGCAUGGUGGCGUUGCGAGCUGUACGAGCUCGGGACAAGCCUAUAGCAAUAGGCGUCACGUUCGCUCUCAUCGGAUUGUUAUCUCAUGUCCUCGGACACGCUUUAUAUAUGGUAAUAAGUCAUCUAACGUGUGCCUUCGAGGAGAAAGGUGUGUGUCUCUUCCACAAAUUCUCAGUGUGGUCGAUAGGCGCCGUGAGUGCAGUGCUCGCGGUGCUGUCGGGCGUCUUCAGUAUACUUGCUAGUCGGUACCCCCCCGCACCCGAGAUGCUCGUCACUAGCGACAUGCCUGUUAGC